AUGUACAGCUUCAUGGGUGGUGGCCUCUUCUGUGCCUGGGUGGGGACCAUUCUCCUGGUGGUGGCCACGGCAACAGACCACUGGAUGCAGUACCGGCUGUCGGGGUCCUUUGCCCACCAGGGCCUGUGGCGGUACUGCCUGGGAAGCAAGUGCUACCUGCAGACAGAGAGCAUCGGUGAGCCCCACAGGUCUAGGCUGGGCAGAGCCUCAGGGCCCAAGGGCCACCUGUAGCCCAGGUGGGGCUCAGAGAGGGAAAGGGACCAACCAGCAUGGACGUGACUCUGGGGUGCUCUCACAGCAUACUGGAAUGCCACCCGGGCCUUCAUGAUCCUGUCUGCCCUGUGCGCCACCUCUGGCAUCAUCAUGGGCAUCCUGGCCUUCGCUCAGCAGCCCACCUUCACUCGCCUGUCCCGGCCCUUCUCUGCUGGCAUCAUGUUCUUUGCCUCAACCCUUUUUGUCUUGUUGGCCUUGGCCAUUUACACUGGAGUCACAGUCAGCUUCCUGGGCCGCCGCUUUGGGGACUGGCGCUUUUCCUGGUCUUACAUCCUGGGCUGGGUAGCCCUGCUUAUGACCUUCUUUGCAGGGAUUUUCUACAUGUGUAGCUACCGGAUGCAUGAAUGCCGGCGCCUGUCUACUCCUCGCUGAGCCCUGAUAAAUCCCCCAACUUCAUCUGGAAGUUAAAAUGAGGUCACUGGAGAGAAGGGGGAGGGUCUAGAGGCCUGAAAUCCUGGUUUCUGGGGGCAUGAGGGGGCUUGGUCCUGGACACUAGGUGGGGGCCCCUGACUCCUGCGUCCUAAGCGGGAAGCUAAGAAGAAUGAGGCCUGGCAGGAGGGAGUUGAGGAGAUCCUAAGUCUCCAUCUGCCAGGCAAGUUGUUAGAAAAAUGAAAUAUCCAUUAGAGCAAUGUUUUGGUGUCAAAUAAAACUGAUGUGAAACUACUAAAGGAUGAAUCUUUGAGGGAUUGGGGUGAGGAGGGAGAGGUGUGAAUAUGGGGAGGGGUGUCGUAUUUUGGAGGCCCAACCUUUCUAGUUCCAGGAGGGAUGAGAACAGGAAUUAAUAAUCACAGAGCCCCUACCCAGGAGUUAACCAAAGUUCACCUUCCAGGAGACUGACGCCUAGGAUCACAAGAUACAUGAAAAGGUCUCUGAAAAAAAAAAAAAAAAAAAGUCCUACCCCACCCCACACCAUCUCCACUUGGCUCUCCUUAACCUCCUCUCCCCUCCCAGAUUGGGCCCCUCCAGCUAGAAGCCUCAGAGCUUCACAGCCUUUACUUUCUGCACCUGCAGUUUCAUGCACCACUCACGACCAUGACCUUCUCUUCAUCCAUUCAUUAUCAGGGCAUUCAAUAUACUGAUGCAGCUGCUGAGCUUUACUAAUGUCUAUCAAAAUAAGACUUUUUGCAAAGUUGAUUAUAAUGAUAAGGAUAUUUAUUACAGCUUAUGCUAGUGACUUAUGUUAAUAGAGGCUUAUUCUCUAAAAUACUAUUUAUUGGGGUCUCCUCGAAUAACAAUUAUACUAUUAUUAUUGAGGUUUUCUCUAAUAAUAAAUAAUAGAGACUUUAAUAAUAAUGGCAAUUGGAUCCUUCCCUAAUAAUUUAUCAAGGCCUAUUUUUUUAUUAUUAUUAUUUUUUAUUUUGAGACAGAGUCUCAUUACGUCACCCUCAGUAGAGUGCCGUGGUGUCACAGCUCACAGAAACCUCACACUCUUGGGCUUAAGCGAUUCUCUUGCCUCAGCUUCACAAGUAGCUGGGACUACAGGCACCUGCCACAAUGCCCAGCUAUUUUUUGGUUGCAGUUGUCAUUGUUGUUUAGCAGGCCCGGGCUGACCUCGACCCUGCCACCUUCAGUGUAUGUGGCCAGCGCCCUACUCACUGAGCCAUGGGUGCCAAGCCGAGGCCUAUUUAUAUAGAAGUAUUUACAAUGGCUAAUUGCAGUAAUCAUACUUACAGGUGCUCACUGUAGCCAUAAUAAUGAUAUUAUAACUCCAGACUCACAACCUCAACUUACUCGACAUUUCCACCUGAAAAUAAGAGGAAUCUCAAAUUUCAAGUCUCAACAUAAGUUUCCUAUCUCUCUUGCACACACACCCAAGUGCUGUUCCCACAGUCUGCCCCAACUUAGGAAAUGACACCUCCAUUUUUAUCCAGCCGCUCAAGCCAGUAACUCUAUAAUCAUCCUCAGCUUCUUUCGCUUACAUCCAACAUCUGAUUUAUCAGCAAAUAGUGUAGGCACUACAUUAAAGAUAUAUCCAGAAUUUGACUCCUUGCUCAUCCAGUCAUUGCUCAUAUGACUUGGUGAGCAGCCUCCUAAGUAGCCUCCCUGCUUCCCCAGCACCCUGCAGUAUGUACCCAGAGGGAGUUUUAUUAAAACAUGAUUCAAAUCAUCUCACUCCUCUGCUCUAAGCCUCUAGUGCAGCGGUUCUCAACCUGUGGGUCGUGACCCACAGGAACGGUAUUAAAGGGUCGUGGCAUUAGGAAGGUUGAAAACCACUGCUCUAGUGGCUCCCCUGUGUGCAUGGUGCAUGGGUGUGUCCACUGAUCUGGGGAGACAAGAAGCAAAUUACAGGCUUGGACCUGGAUAUGGAGGGGAGAUGAAAAUGGGCGGGUUAGGUAAUAAUUAUGGGGUUUGUGGAAAAGAAAGCAGAAGUGGGGCUGGAGUCAGGUCUAGGAUGGGAAUGAGGAUGGGGUUCAGUUUCAGAAUGCGGAUGGGUGGGGUUUGGACUGGGAGGUCAGGUCAAGAAUAGGGAGGGGUUAGGUUUGGGGAUAAGAAUGGGAUUCGAUUUUGAAUGGAGAUGGGUUUAUAUUUAUGUUGGAGCUAAAGUUAAGGAUAGUUUGGGAAUGACAAUGAGGUCAUUAAGUUUGGGAAUGACAAUGGGUUGGGUUUGAAUUUGUAGUUUGGGGUUGGGUAUGGGAAUGAGAAUGGAAUUAGAUUUGGGGAUAGGCAUGGGGUUAAAUUUGCAGUUGGAGCUGGAAAUUGGGGUUGGGGAUGGAAAUAAGAAUAGGGUAAGUCUGGGGGAAGGGAAUGGUUUGAAUUUGUGGUUAAAACUGGGCUUGAGAUUGGGUUUGGGGUUAGAGCUGGGAUUAAGAAUGGGGUCAAGAAGGCUGGGUGCAGUGACUUAUGCCUGUAAUCCCAGCACUCUGGGAGGCCGAGGUGGAUGGGUCACCUGAGAUUAUAAAUUCUAGACCAGCCUAAACUACAGUGAGACCCCAUCUCUAAAAAUAGCAAGGUGUGUGGCAGGCACCUGUAGUCCCAGCUACUCGGGAGGUUAAGGCAAGAGAAAGGCUUGCACUCAAGAGUCUGAGGUUGCUGUCAGCUAUGAUGCCAUAGCACUCUACGGAGGGCAACAAAGUGAGACUCUGCCUCAAAAAAAAAUAAAUAAAUAAAUAAAGAAUGGGGUCACCAACACAGACGGGCUCUGUGCUCUGAUUUUUCUACUCACUAUGGCCCAGACUUUCUGAAGCCUCACCAGAGUACUGGCCACCACCAUUUUUGUGCUGUGGCCCUGUGCUCAUGACCUCCACCCAUCUCUGGGAGUCUGUUCUCAUGAACAUGUUCUCAGAAUGGCCAGUUGCUUCACUGGGGAGCCUAGGGUCCUGCCACAGGGAGUCUCCAAGAAAGGAGAGGACCGAUGGCUUGGUGCCUAUAGCACAAUGGUUACAGAGCCAGUCACAUACACCAAGGGUGGUGGGUUUAAACCCAGCCUGGGUUUGCUAAACAACAAUGACAACUGAAACAAAAAAGAAUCGGGUGUUGUGGUGGGCGCCUGUAGUCCCAGCUACUUGGGAGGCUGAGGCAAGAGAAUCACUUAAGCCCAAGAGUUUGAGGUUGCUGUGAGCUGUGAUGCUAUAGCACUCUACCCAGGGCUACAUAGUGAGACUCUGUCUCAAAAAAAAAAAAAAAAAAAAAGGGCGGCGCCUGUGGCUCAGUCGGUAAGGUGCCGGCCCCAUAUACCGAGGGUGGCGGGUUCAAACCCGGCCCCGGCUGAACUGCAAACCAAAAAAUAGCUAGGCAUUGUGGCGGGCACCUGUAGUCCCAGCUACUCGGGAGGCUGAGGCAAGAGAAUCGCUUCAGCCCA